UGUUUGAUAAGCGAUACGCACCCUCAACGAUUUAAUUGUAGUCUUCCGAGUAUGUGAGAUAGGACUAAAUCUUGUACAGAGUAAGAUAUUAGUUUGCUGUUACUCGUUGGAACAGAAUGUCUAUUAUUGUUUCUCUCCUACGCCAGCCUCGGCUGAUGCGCCAACACAUUGCAACAUGCAGGUCCAGCAGUUCACUGGUUAAUAACCCAGAAAAAAAAAUUUCAUUCGCUGACCAUCGUACUGCUUAUGCCCAUUUAAGCCGUGCCGAAAUUCUGAGGGCUUGGAUUGUGCUCAAAUUGUGCUCGUUUGAUUUCUUGCUGCAAAACAGUUUGAAGGUACUGGAGCAUAGUCAGAGGGUGUUAGGGCGGGGAUUGCUGGAAAAAAUUCUUCGGCCAACUUUAUACGAUCAGUUUGUUGCUGGAGAUGAUCCACAAUCGCUGAAAGAGACAGCCAACAAGUUAAAGAAAGUUGGUAUAAAACUAAUGAUUCUUCCAUCACUAGAAGAAGACGUUGGGCAGAAAAGUGACGAAAAUCGGUACAAUUCUAAUGUGGAUGUGACGCUACAGUUGGCUGAAAUCGCGUAUCAACAUGGUGGUCCCUUAUCGUGUCUUCAAACGAAAAUCACUGCACUAAUCAGCGCUGAUUUGUUGCUCAAAUUAGCCGAGCGCAACCGGGACAAGGAAGACCAGUUCCGCACGAUAUCUUCAUGGGCCAAUUAUAUGACCGGUGGAUUGCUUGCUCCUGUGUCAUACCUUGACAAAACAGAGAACAUUGAAUUAGAGAAGGGGCUAGAACGAUUAAAAAGCGUAGGCGCUUUUGCAUCAGGUCUUCAGCUUCGUUUACUCGUCGAUGGAGAAUUUACUUAUUUGAACCAGGCCAUCUCCAUUGCUGCGUUAUCCAUGGCCGGUGCUUUUAACCAAUCAAGACCCGUAGUAUGGAACACGUAUCAGUGCUACUUGAAGGACGCCCUCGAAAAAAUUUGCAAUGAGCUCGAAAUCACCCAGCGAAUGGGAGUCGGUUUUGGAGCUAAAAUAGUAAGGGGUGCAUACCUGGAACGCGAACGCCAACUAAGUGUGGAAGGAAAUUAUCCAGACCCUACAAAUCCAUCUUACGAAGCUACUUCUGACGUAUACGAUAAGGCGGUAGAGCACCUACUGGAACAAGUAGUUCGUUCUGGAGGUCAACGCUGUAAUGUCAUUGUGGCCAGUCAUAACGAAACAUCCGUAUUAAAGGCCUUGAAAAAGAUGGGAUCAUUGGGUAUUUCGCCAAAGGACAACACUGUAGUUUUCGGCCAAAUUUACGGCAUGGCUUCGAAUAUUACUGUGAAAUUAGCUUCUGAAGGGUACAUUGUUUAUAACUCUGUACCUUAUGGCUCGCUAUUUGAUGUCCUGCCUUACCUAUCACGGCGAGCCACGGAGAACCGAGCUGUCCUCAAAGGCACUAGACGCGAACGGACAUUACUGGCACGAGAGCUAAGAGCUCGCUUUCUCGGUUUUUGAAUUCGCGUGUUUGAUUACAUUAUUCCCGAAGGUUUAAUGUCAAAAAGGGAAUCCAUUUCAAAAUGGGAACAAUUCGUCUUGGAGGAAUUUACGAGCACCAUGAGAUUUAUGACGGACUCCGCGUAGUAACGCAUUAGGUAACUGCCUUCGUAUUGCAGCUCUAUGUACUCUGAGUUCAAGGACCUCAGACAAAAUUUAGUUUGACGUGCAGUUAGUUGACAAUCUCACUAUUUCUAUCUCUUCUGGUCAUGUUUGUAACUAGAAAUAGUAUCUAGAGGUUUAAAAAACAAUGAAAGGUGA